AUGCACGCGUCUGGCUCGUCGCCCUACGAUCCCUCGCAGCAGCAGCAGCCGUCGUUCCAACCGCGCGGCAUUGCCUGGGGCACCAGCGUCGCGCGACUGACGGACCACGUCAGUCACAGCGAGUGUCUGGUGGCCUGUAACGCGUCCCCCAGCAGCGAGUACUCCACCAGCAGCGGCUCCGACUCGGAGGAUGACGUCAGCAGGGGCGGCAAGGCGCGGCUGCCAGCGCGGAUGGCGGUGAAGGCGGAGUUUCUGCAGGCGAGGGAGGCGGAGGCUGCUGUGGAGGAGGAUGGGCCCAUCCCGCGCAUCACUGAAGUGAGAGUGCACAGUGCGGUCACUCAGGAGGUCCUGAGGCGAGGAUGGAUAGUGGUGAAGGCGGAGUUUGUGCUGGCGAGGGACUCAGAGGCUGCCGUGGCGGACAACGGGCCGGGCCUAUCCUGCGUCGCUUUUGAGAAUUCUCAAAAGCGAGUUUCUGCAGGCGAGGGAGUCAGAGGCUGCUGUGGCGGACAACGGGCCGGGCCUAUCCUGCGGAUCACUGUAAGGUUAGACUUUGAAGACAAGGUAACGCUCAGCUUCGCACGCAGCGGAGGGCCCGGAGGGCAGAACGUCAAUAAGUUGAACACAAAGGUGGACAUGCGAUUCAAUGUGCUCGAUGCUGAUUGGCUGCCUGAGCGGAUAAGAUGGAAGAUUCUGGAGCAGGUAAGUGCUGCUCGUGACUGGUUCCUGUAG